AGUUGGUUAUAAUUUAUAGAAAUGUGUCAUUUGAUGAAUAGCGAGGGUUUUGUAAAGUGUCUGUGAACAUGGAAAAGGAUAAAGUGAGGACUUCGGAGUUUUUGAUACAGAGUUUGGCUACUGCAAUAAUAUGUUUCCAAGCAUGCCAAACAGGCUUCGUGUCAGCAUGGCCAUCGAUCACCGUGGUGAACUUCCUCUCCAAUGCCACGAUGCUGUCCAGCCCCAUGUCUUCUCUGGACGUGUCACUCUUGGGCAGCCUGCCGAACAUUGGAGGGCUGAUCAUCAGCCCCUUCUGUGGGUACGCCUUUAACACGUUUGGGAGGAAAUAUGCUACUAUGAUGUUUACGCUGCCUUACGUUUUCGCAUGGCUAAUAAUAUCCUUAACAUCAAGCAUACCCCUCGUGCUGUCAGCGAUGUGCAUGGCCGGAGUCGGCAUAGCUGGUCAGAACGUCGCCAUCAUCUACAUCUCCGAGAUAUCGCACGACUCCAUCCGAGGCGGGCUCACUGCUAGCUCCGCUUCUGGAUACUUCUUAGGUAUUCUCAUCACAUACACCCUGGGCGGAUACUUAACGUAUAUGCAAGUGAUAUACACACAUCUGACGCUGUCCAUACUCUGUAUACUACUCAUCGCGCUACUCCCUGAGUCUCCUGUGUUCCUAGUACUUGUGGGGAGAGAAGAGGAAGCAGCAAAAGCAAUAGCAUUCUACCGACACCUGGACGUGAAGUCUAAAGAAGUGGAAGCCGAGAUAGCCAAGAUAAGACUGCAGAUGGACCCGAGACUAGAGACUUUAUUAGCAGCUGGCAAUGAUCCAGAAGUGAUUGGUGAACUAGUAGAAAAGACAUUAGAAGUUCCAGUAGAAAGGAAGAGUGAAUCAGCAUGGAAGCACUUUAAAAAAUCAAAAUCUUCAAAGCGUGCUCUAGCAACAGUCCUGAUCAUCAUGGCAUUAUCCAUCAUGAUGGGUUGCGUGGUACUCCAAGUGUAUGCCGAGCCGCUGUUCAAAGAAGCUGUGCCAACUAUGCCAGCUAACCAGUGCGCUAUAUUCUUGGCUCUGGACUUUCUGGUGGCCAGUAUUUUGUGCGUGCUGGCUAUUGAUAGGUUUGGGAGAAAGUUCCUCCUAAUCCUCACCGCGACCGGGUCUGGGAUUUGCACAGCACUCCUGGGAGCUCAGCUGCAAUACCACUGGGCUCCGGCCUGGUUCACUGUGUUCUUAAUAUAUGGGUUCAGCUUCGUGUUCACGCUGGGCUGUGCGGUCAUACCUUUCGUGUUGACUGCUGAAGUUUUCUUGCCUGAGGUGCGAAGCUUCUGCAACAGUGUCGCGAUGGCAUUCACGUGGGUGUUCAAUUUCAUCACACUAGUCAUCUUCAACCCUCUCGUAGAAGCUGUGGGCUUAGGCCCUGUCUUCUAUUUCUUUUCUAUCAUCUGCUUCAUUGGAGCUGUCUACAGCCAGUUCUGUGUCCCGGAGACCAAAGGGUUAUCAGCUGAUGCCAUCCAAGCGUUGUUCUUGAGAGAAAGAAGACAGAGUAUUAAGAGUAAUAAGAGUAUUAAGAAGUAGAGGGAAGAAUGAUGGAUUGUGCUAUCGUUGGUGGUUGUUGGAGCCAACAUUUGUUAAGUUUGCAAUGUUUUGUUUGCGCGUGAUCUUUUUUUUAUUGGAAUAAAUGAUUUGUUAUUAA